UAAUGGAGUGGAAUAGGGAAGCAUGUUUAAAAUUAAUUGACAUUUAUGAACAAAACCCUGUGUUGUGGAAUCCCAAACACGGAUUGUAUUACAAUAAAAUAAAAAAGCAUGACGCCUGGGUGAAUAUUGGUCAAAACAUGCAGUGUGGUAGUGAAGAGGUAAAAAAGAAAAUGGAGAGCAUGUUGGCAAGUUUCAGGCGGGAAAAAUCCAAAGGCAAAAAAUCUGUUGGUACCGGUAAAGGUAAUUUAUACAGCACUGUGGACCAAAUUAGGUGUUAUAUUUUAAAAACAAUUUCUUUUAUAGGUAGGCAAGAAGUGUAUAUAUCCAAAUGGUUUGCUUUCACCCGAAUGGCCUUUUUAUUAGACAGAGAUGAACCAACAGAAAAAUUAACUUCUCUCAAUGAUGACACAGAAACGAUGGAGGCUGCUUCGCAAGAAGAUAUUGAGGAUUCCCUUGAUCAAUCUACAGAUAUAAAUGAUGAUCAUUCACAAAACGACAGAGGCAAUCUUGAUGAAAGCCAAACCGAACUUCCUCAAGUGAAAAGAACAUGUCGUGUAAACUUAAAAAAAGGAACAAAACAGAACAUAUCUCGGGAAGAUAGCACUAUUGCCGAAGCCUUUGGAAUGCUAAAAAGCGUAGUAGCAAAGGAAAAGCCCGCAGAAAUAUCCGAUAGUUGUACUGAUUAUGGAAAGCAUGUGGCAAAUAAGCUGAGAAAUUAUUCGGAGAGGACUAAAGCGAUAGUACAGUACCAUUUUAAUAAUAUAUUAUUUCAAGCUGACAUGGGUAAUUUUGAAAUAAAUAGAAAUGCAGCAGCUAUGAAUGUUGCUGCAAACUAUCAGAAUUCGUCCAUAACUUUGCCCACUGGUCACUUUACGACACCCAUUCCAACACCUUCUCCACAAGAAACGUCACAAAGUGAAGUUUCAUAUACUGAUUGUCAACUCCGAUCAGCGAAGUUAAUGCUCAAGAAGAAACAGGUUCACUUGGAACAGCCGCUAAUUUCUUAA